CGUGGAGCGACUUUACAACGACUCACUCUUGGUAUGAUGAUUCAAUGCGUGCAUCAGAUGAAGAUGAAGCCUACUAUGCACCAGACAAUUUCUCAGACUUAGAUAGCUUCUUCUUUGUUUCUUGGUAGUAGUACGAAGACAUCAAGAAAAAAAAUGCCAUCUAGAGCUCGAGAUGCCAGACGCCGGGGGGGACAGCAGCGGUCACGAGCUGCUUCUAGAUCUAGUACGAUAGGAGGAAGAGGAGAAGAUGAAGCAACUAUAAAGUCCUGUACGUCGUCAUCGUCUGGUACAAAAAUUUGGUAUCAUCGAACCAAUUCGUUUUGGCCCGGCUGCCAUGUGGCUUCUUGGGUCGAUGAGGAGAUUUUUACUGGACAAGAUAAACGAAAAGCGGCUGCUGUCCAACUCCUCGCACAUAGUAAUUUUCAGCAAGGUCUCGCACAUAAUGAUCAUUCAGGUUUCUGUACUGGAGAAGAAACAUCAGCAGUACGGCGAGGCACGACCACAACACCAGGCGAUGUACUAGCUGAAAAGUUCACGAAAACUACGGGACCCGAGGAUGAAGAUCGCGGACAAGAAGAAAGUUCAGUAGUAUUUUCAAGAGAAGUGUCCGCUACGUCUACGCCUUCUUUUUCAUUAAGUGACGAGGGCCCCUUAGGUUCUUUGGACGAGGCAACUGAGAAGUUUCUCCGGUUACCGCUUUUUCCAGGUUCCCUGAAGUUUUUAUCACCUGCGGAAGUGGAAGAGGAUCAACAGAGCGCCACUUGUUUUCGUGAUGCUUUGGAAUGCUCAUCUUUAGCCGAAAACUUUGGAGACGAAUGGCUCGAAGAAGAGCUCCCCGACUACGCUAUACAGGAGGAUAAACUCAUCUUGCUGAACACAUCGGAAACAGACUCGGUCUGCUUUCAUCUGACUUUAGUGAGUUCCAGGAGUUCCAGUUCCAAAGGUCUAGUUGUCGAGGAUUCGCCACACCCACUGGUUUACCUCACUGUUCUGGAAAGAAAGGAGAAGAACUUCAGCAAAGCCUUGAGCAGGAAGUUCUAUCUGAAAAAAAAGAUCUACCUCGAUAGCAGAAAAGCAAGCAUAAUUGCUGACGAUGGAGAAGAAGAUCAUGCUGACCAGCAGGUCCUCGUUGACCCGACAACAACAAGAGAUACGAUGUCAAUCCUUCUGUACAUGCCACCAGGAAGUAUAGUCGAGGGCCUUCACCUCGUAGACCCAGAAAUGACAGAGAUUAUCACGAAUAUUCUACCACUGAAACAACUAAAACGUGGAGGACCGCGGGGGCAGGAUCAUGAUGAGGGGAAGGAAAACGAAUAUCUACGUUGUCUACAACAUGUUACAACAAGGAAGACGAAGACUCAGGAGCAGCAGAACAUGGAAGAGGCCAACGACUCUCAACAGUCAGAAGAAGAAGAAAAACAAGCAUUUUUCGAUUUCGACUUGUUCCCACUCUUAUCCUCCAUCACUCCGACGUUUGGACUGCCUACGACUUUUCUCUGCUCUCAAAGUUGGGCUGGUUCUCUUACGCACUGCGCCGAUUCUAGCACAUUUUACGCUGUGGACUUCGAUGCACCUGUGGGGACGCCGAUCAUUUCUCUCGUGGAUGGGCGUGUGAAAGAAGUCACCCAAGGUUCGGACGCGUGUUUUGGUCCUGAUGUGCGAAAUCUUUGGCACUGGAAUGAAGUGUCGAUUGAAUUUGAAGAAGAUACGCUUAGUACGACUACAAGUACAAGUAGAGCUGGGAAUGGGAGAACGUCAACAUCUAGUCCUCGAUCAUCCCCUUCUGCAACAUCGUCUGCUUCUAUAGCCACAGGCAUAUCAAAGCUGCUUCUCCUCGAGUACGUGCAUGUCGGUCGUGUACUUGUCAAAGAAGGUGACUUAGUGCAAAAAGGGCAAGUAAUCGCCUUCUCAGGACAGAGUGGCUUUACACCAACGCCGCACUUGCAUCUGCAAUUGACUAGACGGGGAAUGAGGAAACAGAGAGACAGCCACCAUGAGGAUGAGGAAACAGAUGAGGAAGGAGGAACGAUAGAAGGCCUUCCUUUUACGCUGAGAGGAGAAAUGUGUCGCCAAGGGGUACGAUAUGAGGGCGAAGAAAGACCUUUCUCUCCGACACCAGACGCCUUUAGUGAUAAAUCCCUCCGUUGAGAUAUUCGAGAUUCCAAAAGACUAAAGAGGUAGUUAUCACGACAUUAGAAAUUAGACCCCUAGGGCUUCGCUCGAGGUUUCUGCUACCUCUCUAGACGUUUCCAGACUGUCCGGCAGUCUUGUCUUGUAGUCUUGUCCCGUACUCCUGUCCCGUAGUCUUGUCUUGUACUCCUCUCCUGUACUCCUCUCCUGGCUCUAUUUUUCAUGCGUUUUCCCGUGUUCCAAAAGAGGUAGUUAUGACGACAUUAGAAAUUAGAAACCCACCAGCCCUCAAACAAUAUCUUCUCGACAAAAUACGAGUCUUAGUCUACGACUCCCACUUCACCAGGCGUUUACAACUCAACUCAUAUUGAAUAACUAUUCGUGUUCCUUCGACGAGCA